GGGCAGGGUUCGCUGGUCAUUGUACGGGGAGGCUGCAGAGAGAACGCUGGGCGCAACACAACUGCCCUAACUGUGGUCAUAAUAUAGCGGGCUCUGCUCCAUAGCCAUAUAGACUACCGUGCGGGCAGAAUCUGGAACUGCCCCACCUGAGCCCACUGUGAAUAUCAGCACCGUAGCCAGCUGCCCUCUUACCCCCUGUUAGCCGACACUAGGUGACAAUGAGGUUGUCUCCGCGGGCAGCUAGUCCAGUCCCAGAAAUCAUGUGCAGUCAGUGCAACGGAGGGUGCAACAACAAGGUAAGCAGAGCAAGCCGGCCAGUGCAGGGCCUCCUCUGUGGGUACAAACAUGGUCCUUCAAUGCUAUGUGCCAGGAUACCAGGGGUCUGGUCAACUCCCCCUCCUCCGGCUAAAAGAUGCUACUAAUGCCAGGGUAGGGGUGUUUACCACCCCCAGUUCAUUGUUUGAUUGGUGCCCCCAAGAGGUGUUUGCCACCCCCAGUUUAUGGUUUAAUGAUUGGUGCCCCCAAGAGUUGUUGCCACCCCCAGUUCAUUGUUUGGUGCCCGUUGUGCCUGGGCAGUGGAGGCUGUUUGUGCCAGCUCUCUUGCAUGAAUAGUUUCACAGGCUUGCAUCAGUCAGGGCUUACACUGGGCUAAAAGGGGCUGAGACUAGAUGUGAUGAAACAAUGUGUCCUUAAUUCCAGUUUUUGACAACAGGAUUCUGCUUUUGGAAUGUUGGAAGUUGCUUUUUAGUAAGCACAGUUUCCCCCCGUCCCCCAUCACAUUAUACAGUUAAUUUUGCUUUUUGUGUAGUUUUUCCUCGAGAGUUGACCUACGAUCUGCUUAAAAUAUGCCACUGGUAUCCCUUAAUCCUUGAUUGGGUCACUCGUUAUGUUUCUUUCUUUGGAAACCUCAAAUUGUCCAAUUCUUGCCCUCAAUGCAUAAUUCUAGAUCCUUCUUCCUGUUGUUCACAUUCAUUUAAACCACUUUUUCCUCUGCAGCCUCUUUCUCUGUAUUUUCAUAGAUCUCUUCCUUCCAUUCUUUUCAUAGUUUAUCACAUUACUAUUUAACAAUGUAAGUUAUAUUCACUAAAGAAUGAAUAAAAAACCAAAUUGCAAAAACUUGAGUAAAUUCUGCAGUUUUCUUUUUGGCCUAUAUUUAGCAAUUUAGGUUUUGGUUGACUAUAAAAUGUAUGUUUGUUAAACAUUUAAGCAUUCAACUUCACGUCAUCCUCUCCCCACUCUAAUCUCUCAUUUUACAGUACUUUGUCCUUUUAUUAAUAUUAUACUUGGGACUUGUACAUAUUCGCAUAACCUAAGUGUCGCAGUGUUACAUGAAUUGCAGCACAAAAAAAAAUGCUUAUUGUCUUGUAACUGUGUUUUGUUUUUUGUUUUGUUUUUUGUCUAUUGGUUUUGCACUUCCCUCUGGGUAUCAUAAGUUGGAAUCUAACACUGAUCCUCUUUUGAUCACUUAGUGUCUGAUAUCACUCCUAAUAUCCAAGAUUCCUGCAUCCAUUGACCCUUGUUUUAAGUGUACAUAAGUGUGUCCUAUUUGGCAUGAGGACUGCUGACCCUCUCAUGUCAGGAACAUGUAGGGGCAAGUCUGUAUGGGCAGGAUGUUCAUUGAUUGCAUCUUUGCUUUACUGCUAAGAGCUGAAACGUUGAACUUCUAGCGAACCCUACACUUUCCUUUUAAGACUCAGCAUAUUUGAUUUCUAGUGGUUUGACUCAUUGACAUGAUUGGAAUUGCCUUGACUUGAGACACUCUUGAGAACCGUCGCAGAGGCUAAAGUAAUAUUUUUAGGUAUUGCGCCAUGCUACAGUAUUUGGGAUUAGUCUGCUGAGUUCGAUGAAUCCUUAAUGCACAUCUGCUGCAGUGGAGAAGUUGCCUCAUCAUAGAAGUCUGACCUAUAAAUUUACAUAUGAUGCUGUGCAUCAUCAAUUUGUAUAUUCAGCUGCUGUGUUGUUCAUGUCUUUCUAGAUUUCCAUAUUAAGCUAAAUUUUUUUGCAUAUGCUUUCAGAACUCGGUAGUCUUUUGUGUGUGUGCGAGCAUGCAUAUGUAUGUCAAAUCUAAUUGUGCACAAACCCAUUUUUUUAAAUGAAAAGAAACAAAACCACGUAAAACCUACUUUUAUAAAAAGGCGAAAUGCACCUUCUUGCAGUAUGUCAUGAAAGUAGGGGGGAAUGAAAUUUGCAGUGUCAUCAUGUGUUGACAUCCAAUAAUGGGUGGUCCCUGCCCCUAGAUCUCUUCCCCCUCCCCCCUCUCAGUUCAUACCUUGUUUAUUUUUACUUUUGCUUUGUCUAUGCAGUGGAUACUGUGAAAUUAGAAGCUGGGAUAUUGUUUGUGUAUUAAUCAAAUUAUCCAAGAUUUUUUGGUUUACCUUAGUAGGACCGGAUUCUGUAUCCGUAGUUACCUGCUGGGAAACAAAGCAGUAUUUACCAGCUCUGCAGAUCUAUUGUUGGCGUACUUGGUAUGCUAGCGUUCCUAUGGGAAAGAAUAAGAAUGAAUAAAUCCCUAAAGGACCAAAAUGAUCACAUUUGGCAAAAUCCAGAUUGGGUAUUGUUAAUGUUUUUAGGAUUUCAGUCACGUCUACAGUUGUACCAUGAACAUACUCGUCUUUGUGCUUUUAAAUCGUCAAUAUUUCUCUGUAUUUUUCUUGUUUGUCAACAAGUCACUGAUGUUUACUCCCUCAAUCCCACCCGAUGCUUAAUGGAUGCAUUGAGGGUUUCUUGUAGAAAGCUGUAGAUUUAACUUCAGAAAUCCAAUUUUCUAUUGCCUUUGUCUAAAUUUGUCUGCAGCGUGGCUAUUAUGGUUGUUCAGCAGUAAAUCCAUUAGGGUUCAUACAUAUGUACAGAUAUUUUGGGACCUAUUGAGGAGCUUGGUAGACCUGCUGCAGCUGUUUACUGAACAGUCUUCCUUUCACAGUGAAGAAUUUAAAUGAGUGAUGUAAUCUAUGACAAAUGUAAAUCACACUUAAAGAUCUCUGUAGUGUAUGCUUCAGAUUGCACAUAUUGAGUUAUAUUUUACAGGAAUUGGGACACUUGUUUAAUUAAAUAUUCCUGAAAUUUGCACACUAAUCUAAACCUAGUUUGUCACAGAAUGGAUUAAACCGUAAACUAGACCCGCUCUACCCACUCUUAUUCAUAUUGUAUAGAUUUUAUACACCAAGCUAGAUUGUCACCUAUGACUCUACCUAUAGGGUUAAUGUGUUUGGGGCAUUUAAAUUGAGAGUAAUAACACGUAAUACGCAUGUUAGUGAAUGGAAACCAGCAAUUAAGAGCCUGGUUAAUUACGUUUGUUCACUUUAUUAUAACCAGCCCCUUAUUGGUUUACUAAGCUAGUUAGUUCGAAAUAAGAAGGCACUGUGUUAAACUGGCUAGAUGACGUCAUAAGGAAAGGGAAUAUAGUUUGUCAGCCCCUGGUCAGAGUGCGUUUUUUCUUAUUUCCGUUUCAGAAAUCCCCCUUUUCUAUUGCCAGGCCUAGAGAAAGGAAGCAGGCAAGCUGGGAAACUAACUCAAAACAUUGUAUAAGCUUAUGUCUAUGAUAUUAAAUAUUUGUUUUGUUUUUUAUUCCCCAUCACAGUUUAAUCUACCCAGCACUUCAGUUCUUCAUAUUCUAUAAACAAUACUAUAAAUGACCAUGUUAUAGUAGGCAUAAAUCGGAUUAAACCAUGUGACUCAAAUCCUUGCUUUGCAUCUGCAAUCCAUAGAAAUUAAGAAUACAUGUACCCAUGGUCAUUUUUGGCUCCUCCUUCCGUAGCAUCCCUUUUAACGUCAAAAUAAAAUCAAUGUUCUUACGCCCAUGGCAGUUUUGUUGAAACAUGACAUUUACAGUCAGGGAUAUAAACCUUUCUAUCUUUGUGUAUACAUAGUAUGGUCCAAGAAGAUAUAGCUUGUUGAAGUAAUUACAAUUUUCACUCAUGUAAAUGUUUAUAUUAACAUUUAUUUUCCCCUUUUCUAGGAAAUGGGCAUCCGUGUCCCUCACCCAUUAGGACAUGGGCCUAGUCGAUUUAUUCCAGAAGAAGAGGUUGGUGAAUUUUUUUUUUUUUUAAGCCAUUUAUUGAAUUUUUCUUUACAGUAAAUACGGAGUUCCUCCAAUCUGAUGCUGUACCUAUAGCCAGGGACUGUAUUGAAGUACACUUCUCACACUGUAGCACAAUAUUGUCCCAUAGAAUUGAAUAAGGUUAUCAUUUGCAGAUUCUUUAUAUAGCUAUCAGAAGACCGAUAACUGCCUGUAUCUUUACUGCAUUUGCUAAUACACUGCACUUCAUGUCUACAGGGAUUUGCUGAGGGCUUGUGUUUGUAUAGGAGAAGUGCCAAGCAUAUACUGAUAACAUAACACAGAAAUGGCAGAACUAGUUUGCUUCAGUUUGGAAUCUAGUGCUACCAAUGUUGAUGGUGGUCAAUUUGUAUUGUAUUGCAUUUUCUGGAAUAUAUUUGUAUUGCUUAUUCUACACAAAACAUGGCUAGUUUACUUUUUUGGUAAACUAGGUAUUUUGCAGUUUUAUUACUAUAUAUGAUGAGGGUGAAUGUAUAAAAACUGAAUAUGCAUAAUUUGUGAGUUAGAUUACUGCCACUAAUACAGCAUUUUCUUGUAGAAGAUAUAGCUGUAAGUAUAGUAAAUUCUGUGAGUGGUGUACAUGUCUGGGCUAUAACUGGCCAACUCUCUGUCCAAUCCUUUUCUGCAGAUUCUUCAAGUUGGGAAUGAAGAUGCCAAUAUGCACUCGGUGUUAGCCGAAGCCUUUGCAGAUCUGGGUCGCCUGGAUAAUAUAACUCUGAUUAUGGUGUUUCACCCCCAGUAUUUGGAAAGCUUUCUGAAGACACAGCAUUACUUGCUGCAGAUGGAUGGUCCUCUCCCAGCGUGUUACCAGCACUACAUUGGGAUUAUGGUGGGUAAAUGUGUGUUAUAAAGUAGUGACUGUAUCUAACUUGCUUGUCCAAUCCAGGCACUGUAUGUGUUCAAACACAUUUGGGACAUGAAAGAAUUUGGGAUAUAAUAUCUUAUUUGGUCAGAUACAGAAUUGUGAUUACUGACAAAUAAGUAAAAGUUUCCACAUUUAAUUUUCUAAGAUAUGUCAAUAAAGAUCACAUGCAAAUCUUGCUUUGAUAUGUUUACUGAAAGCUUUUUUUAAAAUAUAUGCUGCCAUUCACUGUAUAGUUAAUAAAAGUACGUUGGAUCCUUCACCGGCCCUUAUAGUUUUAAUAUAGUGUUUUGGGCUACCUUAAUUGCUGCAGGUAGACUCAUUUAUUUUUAAUUUUUUUCUCCACUCUAGGCUGCAGCGAGACACCAGUGCUCUUAUCUCGUUAACCUGCACGUUAAUGACUUCAUUCAUAGUGGGGGAGAUCAAAAAUGGCUGGAUGGUCUAGUAAAUGCCCCUCAAAAGCUGCGCAAUUUGGGAGAAUUAAAUAAGAUGUUGGCUCACAGACCCUGGUUGAUCACAAAAGAACACAUUGAGGUAGACUGCCUCUCGAUACAACUUGUGGAUUACAAUAUUAUAUUGAUUUUGUCUAAAUACUAAUCAAUGACAAACUCUUCAAAGUUGUUUUUUUUUCUUUGUGCUAUCUUACAGCAACUGCUAAAAACUGGAGAACACAGCUGGUCUUUGGCAGAAUUGAUCCACGCAGUAGUUCUUCUCGCACACUAUCAUUCCUUAGCUUCUUUCACAUUCGGUUGUGGAAUAAAUCCUGAAAUUCAUAACGAUGGAGGCCACACGUUCCGGCCAUCAUCUCUAGGCAACUAUUGCAUCUGUGAUAUCACAAAUGGCAACCAUGAAGGCCAUCAUCCAACAGGAAGUGUGACAGUAAGUGAACUCCUUGUCGAUACAAUUUUUUGUUUUUCUUACAUAAAGCAUGUGAGCAUUGUUUUUCCUGUGGCUUAAAAUUUUUUUUUUUUUUUUUUUAAAUUCAUAUUUGUAUUUAUAUUUCAGCCUUCUGAAUCCUCUUGUGAAGUUGAAGCUUUGAUGGAGAAAAUGAAGCAACUUCAGGAAAGUAGGCCUGAUGAAGAAGCAACUCAAGAAGAGAUGGCAACGCGUUUUGAGCGUGAGAAGAGUGAGAGCAUGUUGGUCAUUGCUGCAGGUAAAGAAUAGUACUUCAUAUACAAAGUGUAGGUAAUAGUUUCAAUAACCUCAGCUGUAUGUAAGAUGAGCAGGAUCUGCCAUGGUAUGUCAAUGGCUUAAUACAGUGAGGUGGCUACCUUGUAGCUAAAUGGGGAAAUAUUCUUUCAUGUGAGAUUAAUACAACAGCCAAUAGUAGGAAACCUAUAGAUUUGCAUUAAUUGGCUGUGUCUACACAUGUUGUAAUAGACAUUAUUCAUAAGUUGCAUCAUUUAAAAAAAAAAAAAGAAAGAAAAAAAAAAAAGUUGGGCACUUUAAUAUUUUAUUCUUACAAAUGCUAUUGAGGUGUUGUACUGAGGUGGUUCAGUAUUUAAAACCUUCUUAAUAGCUGCCUUUGUCUUUCCCCAUACAAAGAUGAAGACCCAUCACCAGCUAGAAAUGUAUCCCGACAUUUUGAAGACACCAGUUAUGGAUAUAAAGACUUCUCCCGCCGUGGAAUGCAUGUGCCUACUUUCAGAGUGCAGGUAAUAAAUAUUGCAAUGGUUUUUACAAUCGGUGGUCUCCAACACAGUCCUCGUGUAACACCCGCAGUCCAGGUUUUGACAGUAUCUCAAUUUGAAUAAAAAAAGGAAAUGCAUAAAUUCUGUACUUGGUGGUCCAUGAGGACUGGGUUGGGGGACCAUUGUUCAAGAUUAUGUGUAAACCAUAGGCGUUGAUCUCUGGUAUUUAUGAUUUUUUUUUUUUUUUUUUUUAACCAUAAAUAUUAAAUACAACUUUUCUUAAUGAUAUGUGGUUCUUGUUUCCUAAUAGGAUUACUGCUGGGAAGACCAUGGCUACUCUUUAGUUAAUCGUCUCUAUCCAGAUGUUGGGCAGCUACUAGAUGAAAAGUUUCAUAUUGCUUACAACCUUACUUAUAAUACCAUGGCAAUGCACAGUGACGUUGAUACUUCCACACUGAGACGUGCCAUAUGGAAUUACGUUCACUGCAUGUUUGGAAUAAGGUGACUGUCAUUUAUUAGUCCAUUUGGGAUAUUUAACAUCCGUGUUUAGUAGGGUAUUUUUUUGGGGGGAGGCAGAGGGGAGGGUGUUUUUUUGUGAGCUGGAAGAAAAACUUGGUGGCUGUUCAAAACUGAGAUUAAUUGUGGGAGCGAUACGUAAAAAAAAAAAAAAAAAAAUUACAUUUUUUUCCCUUAAACUUAAGCACAGUUAAUUUUGCCUGAAAGUAAACCUGCCACUUGUGGAUGUAGUGCUAAAAACCCUACUGUAACUUUGUAAGAUAUUUGUAGAAUAUGGCUAGAUUGAGUAACCUAGUUCAGAGACUUCUAGUUUUGUUUGUUUUAAUAUGGUAUUAAUGUUCUGCAGGUAUGAUGACUACGACUAUGGAGAAAUCAAUCAGUUACUGGACCGCAGUUUUAAAGUUUACAUAAAAAAUGUGGUGUGUAGUCCAGAGAAAACCACAAAGCGAAUGUAUGACAGUUUUUGGAGGCAAUUCAAGCACUCUGAAAAGGUGAGCUAUGAGUUAUUUAUUUUAAAUUUAAAUACCGAAUUGUCUAUAACUUGAUGUGUCUUGUCUAGUUGAAUAUGUUGGCAUGUAUUAGAUAUUUUUAAAUAUUAUAGUAGCUGUCUUCGCCUUCUGAUAACACUAACGGAAUGGUAACUUGCCCUUCACUGUAACUCGACUAAUGACCAAAGUCUGCCAAUAGUAGAGUUGCAGGUACUGGAAAAAACCAUAAACAAUCUUUAAAGAGACACUAGAGUCAGUGCAGUGGUCCUGUCCUUUUUAACUCUGCAAUAUAAAUCAUUGUAUUUUAUUAAAUAUAAAUAUAUAAUUUUCUACAUUGCAGGGUUAGGUCCACCACUAGUGCCUUUGUAUUCAUUCCACUGGCAUUUCUCCCUUUCUAUUUCAUUGACAACAAAAAGUUUAAUGAAUUGUAAUGUGGGGCAAUAUUAACUUUUUUUUCUUUGUUUGUUUAGGUCCAUGUUAAUUUGCUUCUUAUGGAAGCGAGAAUGCAAGCGGAACUGCUUUAUGCUCUGAGAGCAAUCACUCGGUAUAUGACCUGAGUUCAUCAGACUUGACUUAAAGAAAGUUUCAAAAGUUCCUUAUGGGUUCUGAACUUCUUCCGGGUGCCCUUGGCCUCUUUGGUAGCUAAUAUUUCAGAUAUCCAUUGUGCCAUAACUCAUAUUGGCUGUUUACAGUCACUGAAAGACCGUAAACAACUUACAGAUCAACGUUGUAAUGACAGGAUGCCAUCGUCCUAUCUUGUCAUGAAUGUGCAAGGCUUAUCUGUACAUUGCAAUCCAGCAGUCACAUGUGUAUCCGGUUAUGGCUACAUAGGCAUUAUGAGUUUCAUUUUCUACUUUCCCAAGAAGGUGGACUGGGAAAUAUAUGCUUUUCUCAUAAGUGUGUACAUUAAACUGGUGCUGCUAUUCUGCUGAACCGUGACAACCGAUGCAGGCGUCCUAAUGAAGCUAUUUAAUAAAAAAUAAAAAAUAAAAAGUAAAAAAAGAUUAAUGGAGAAGGUGAACAUUUCUACAACCUGAGCCUAUUCUUACAUGUUUGCAUUUUUUCCUUUACAUUUGUGUGCUCAUUUGCAAAUUGGCCAUAUCCGGCAAUCCUCCUGCAUCCUUAUUUUGCAGGUUACGGCUCACUUUUGGCUAUGUUUUUGCUGUUAAAAUUAAAAGCUGUGAGAAUUUUUUUUUUUUUUUAACAUCUUUUCCAUAAUGGUUGAAAUCUAAGUUGUCUUCCUGAAAAUUUGUAUAUAUUUUCACAAUCUGCUCAGAAUUUUCACAACUACAAGGAAUGUGGAAUAUACCUCUUGGUUGUGGGAUGUACACACACUUGGUAUUUGCAAGUUGCCAUUCAGUUUCCUGUAUCUGGAGUACAGAAAGUGAGUUGGGUAGUGAACGGACUUCAUUUAUUAAUGUUUUGAAUUAUUGGUCAACAGUUUGCAGCUGCUUAAUACAACACCGUUGGAUUUUUUUUUUUUUUUUUUUAAAGAAUAACAGGUUUAAUAAUGUGAAAAGUUGAGAGGAAAAAAAACUGGUUAACUGGUUUUGGGAAACAAAUGUAAAAACUGAAGACUUAUGAAAUUUGUGAAUGUUAAAAACUUUCAAAGUCUCUGCACCUUUUUUUUCUUAAAUAAAAAGUUAAAGCAAA